AUGUCUACUCCAGUUCAAUCUUCAUUGGCCGACCUCAAGGCAUCCACUGCUCAACUUGUAGGCAUCAUUGCUGGCGCUCGGCACAUCCCGGCCGGCUCAGUGGACGUCCAACUUGCUCUGACAAAGCAGGUCACCACUCUUUUGGCUGACAUCAUCCGGGCCCAUGAGAAAGGGGAAUACAUCCCUGGCAUUGUGGUGUCCUGCUCUAAGGAGCUGAUGAGGCAAGUCCGUGCCUGGGAGGCGUUGGGUGACAAUUCCUGUGAUCUCCCUGUUGUUCCUAAUCCUUCCACUGGCCCACUGACUGUCAACCUUCCGUCUCCACCUGUCCCUUCCCCCACACCUGUUCCUUCCCCCGCCCCUGUCAUUCCCUCCCCUCCCGUCGUCGCCGGACCUUCCGGCAAGACGGGUACCGAGUUCCGGGACAAAGGAAAAGGUAAGGCCGUUUCUGUUGACCUGGAGCCGGAAGUCGGAGGGAGCAACAAGAGGAAGUCCCCGAUGAUUUCUGGACACUCCUCCCAACCUCCGAAGUCGGCGAUGAAGGGUCGCAAGCGUGUCAAGUCAACUCGACUCCCCAAGUCAAAGCCGUUUGUGGAGUCGGAAGAUGAUGAAGACCCAAUUGUUCAGCCGAUUUCGCGUAGAGUGCCGGAGGUCGUUCUUCCCCAGCUCUCCACCAUUGUUGUGAGGACGCCCCAGUUGCCUCGGUCACCUGGUUCCCCCAAGAAGCAAUCAUUUGGGCCUGCUUCGCUGACUGCCGGCAGGCGUCCGGAGGUCAUGGCAACCUCCGGCAGUCGUCCGGAAGUUGAGGAGUCCUCUGAUGAUACUUCCAGCGCUUCGGAUGGUGACCCCCCGGCCAAUACCACAUUUGAUAUCACCAUUCCCUGGCCCGAACAACCCCUGCCAUUAUUGCGUCAAGGAGGAUUGGCCCUGCGCGAACCCGUUUUGACAAGAGGACCAACCUCCCCUGCUUGUCUUGCAUCCGCUGCUCCACCAAGAAGAUCAAAUGCAACCCUGCAUCUCUGGGAUCCCCGCCCAAACGGACCGAGGGAAGUGCAGUCACGUGGUCGCAGCAAGACCAUCACUACCAAGAAGACACCUGCACCUGCACCUGCACCUGCGCCAGCUCCUGUUCGGUCUUCGAGCUUCGCAGUGCCUCGUGCAGCACUCGAUGUUCCCAUGCCGGAUCUCCAUUCCAUGGCAAUCGCGAUUCGGGAUGGUGCAGCUCGCAUCGCUAUUCUUGAGGCUCGGAGCCUCCGGCGCACAGUGGUCGACCGGCACCCUUCAUUUUCACUUCCGGACACACCGGCCGAUGCAACAAUCUUGCUUGAUCAAUCCGGUCCCCACCCGUCCAUUUCACCCCUCCCCUCCGCACUUUCCAACCUCAUUGAUUUGGACAUUUCAGUGAUGCAACCCACACCCUUGACGGUUGAGGAUGGAUCUGCUAUGGUAGGUCUCAUGGUUGAGCCCACCCAAGUUCAGCCUGAGGGUCCACAAUCCUCCGGCGAAAUUGUGCUCCCGGAUGAACCAGGCAACCUCUUGCCAGAAUCCUCCGGCAAUAUUGUGGUCCCUAAUGAACCAGGUAACCUCCUGCCAGAAUAUGAUUCUUCUGAUGAGGAGUUGGAUGUUGAGGGGAAGGUUGAUCUUCCUGGUGAGGAGGUUGAAAUGGCUACAUAA